UAAUUGGUCGAAAACUGGAAAGGAAUAGGACAGCUUCAUUCUCCUGCGCCGCUGAUCGCUCCUCCCAUCCUCCCUCGCGGUAAAACCCUAGAGCUGCAUCGUUGAUUUGAGGCAGAGGGAAUCACAUUUGCUUGUGUCGGAGAUAACGGAACAGGAUCCCCUUUUGAUCUGCGUUUAUUUUUCUCUAUUUGGCGACGUGAGGGAGGACGAGAAGGCGUGAUGCGGUCGGCGGCGGUCGUCAUGGCCUGGAACGUGUUCAAGUUCUGCACCGCUUUGCGGGCUCUCGGAUCGCUCAUGCUCCUCCUUGUCCUCGGCAUCGUCGGAGUCAGCUAUUACGCCGUCGUCAUCGCCAAUUACGGACCCGUUCUCAUUGCUGGGGGUCACGGUUCGUUCCUCGCCGUCGUCGUCUUGCUCCUCUUCCAUGCCCUGUUGGGCUUACUUCUAUGGACCUAUUUCUCUGUUGUUCUGACGGACCCUGGCAGUGUGCCCCCAAAUUGGAAGCCUGUUGUAGAUGAGGAGAGUGGAGAAACCACUCCAUUAACAAGCAUGGAGUUCAGUGGUCAUAUUAUAAAUUUGAAACAACCAGGACCCCUUACAGAAAUUGCAAGUCCAAGAAUAAGGUAUUGCAGGAAGUGCAAUCAUUUGAAGCCACCUCGCUGCCAUCACUGCUCUGUUUGUGGACGAUGUGUACUCAAGAUGGAUCAUCAUUGUGUGUGGGUCAUCAAUUGUGUUGGGGCUUUAAACUACAAGUUCUUUCUUCUUUUUCUGAUUUACACAUUUCUUGAGACAACUCUUGUUAGUGUUUCGCUGUUGCCUCAUUUCAUUGCCUUCUUUAAAGAUGUGGAGAUACCUGGCACACCAGGAACACUAGCAACUACUUUUCUGACAUUCGUGUUGAAUCUGGCUUUUGCAUUAAGUGUGAUGGGGUUUCUUAUCAUGCACGUGUCUUUAGUUAUGAAGAAUACCACAACAAUUGAGGCAUAUGAGAAAAAAACAACUUCAAAGUGGAAAUACAAUCUUGGCCGCAAGAAGAACUUCGAACAGUUGAUUGCUCUUGAAACAGGUUUUUGGGACAAACAAGAAAUACUGGCUCAUCCCAGCGUAUUCUGAAGAGGACCUGAGAAGAAUGCCAGCUCUGCAGGGGCUAGAGUACCCCAGCAAGUCAGAUAUGGAUGUAAAAUAGAACUCCUGUAAUAAUCUUUGGUUUCGCUUGAAAAUUAGCAUAUCACGCAAAAAGAAAAAAAAAACAUAGGUUUAGUUAGUAUGUGGAAAUCUUUCAAUUGUCAUCCAUAACUCUGUGUAAGAUUUGAGUUCGUCAGUUUUUAUGCCCUUAUCCAUGAAGCUAUUGUAAGAUACAUUGUUACAUGUAACCUUAUCUAUAGGACACAUGAAAGCCUUUCCAAGCAACCUUAAGACA